AAUCCUAGGGUUUUAUGUGCGCCGAGAGUGUUAUAUAAACCAUUGCUCUGGUGCUGGAGGAGGAGCCGCCGCACCAGCUGCUUUACUUUGCUCUUCAUCGUCGCUAAACAUGCCGAAGCAAAUACACGAGAUUAAGGAUUUCCUUCUCACUGCUAGAAGGAAGGAUGCGCGUUCCGUGAAGAUAAAGAGGAGCAAAGAUGUGGUGAAGUUCAAGGUUCGCUGCUCUAAGUAUCUGUACACACUCUGCGUCUUCGACUCCGAGAAGGCUGACAAGUUGAAGCAAUCACUUCCCCCAGGUUUGAGCGUGCAGGACCUGUGAGCUAGAGCAUGUUUGCUUCAAGCAGUGGUUGCUCAGAAUUGUUUUGUUUUAGUUCGCAUUACUUUGUUUAGUUGUACGAGUGUUGCUUAUCUUAAUGGUCAAGGAUUUUGAGAUUUUGCCAGCAACUAGAUUAUACAACUUGCUGGUUACAGAAUUUUGAUUUAAAUUUGUCUUCUUGCAAUUUUUUUUGAGUGAUUGGGCAGAUUUCUAACUGCA